AUGACUGCAGAAAUUUGGGACGUUAUUAUUGUUGGCGCUGGACUAUCUGGAUUGAGUGCAGCUCAUUUGCUCAGAAAAAGAGAUGCCAAGUUGAGAAUACUAAUUCUGGAAGGAAAAGAUCGGGUGGGAGGUCGUACAAUGACCCGUGAACUACCAGCAGCCGGUGGUGUGGAUCGCUGGGACCUCGGAGGGCAGUGGGUUGGAAGCACCCAAACCCACAUCUUGGAGCUCAUAAAAGAGCUGGGCUUGGAGGUCUACCCUCAAUUCAGAACUGGCAAGAAGGUGCACCACAUGGGUGGGCCAACUUCCAAAGUUCGCACCUUCAGGUCCAGUAUCCCUACUCUAUCCCCAGCAGUGUUAAUGGACUUCACCCAGCUCCUGUGGAAGAUUGACAGACUGUGCGCAACAGUGUGCGUCCAGGAUCCUUCGCGGACUCCCAACGCCGUGCAAUUGGACGGCAUGACCCUGCACUCGUACUUGGAGCAACACGCAUGGACUGCAGAACUAAAAGAGGAACUGGGCCUGGGCAGCCGGGCUGUGUUUGGCGUAGAGCCAUCCCAGAUGUCCUUCUUAUUCUUCCUCAUGUACGCUGCAGCAGCUGGAGGGCUACUGCCUCUUCUGGAGAGCACUCCAGGUUCUGCACAGGAGUUCAAGAUAAAGGGAGGCACCCAACAGCUUUCGGAGUGUCUGGCGGAACGUGUUGGGUGGAAGAAUGUCCGGCUGGGUUCUGCUGUGACAGCCAUAUGGCAGGAUGCCGAGUGGGCCCGGGUGGCGACUGCCGCCGACACCUUCUUGUGCAGAGCCGUGAUCGUCACUUGCCCCCCUCAUUUGGCAGCAAAGAUUCACUACGAGCCGGCCCUGCCCAGCCAGAGAGAAUUCCUCACCCAGAGCAUGCCUGUGGGCCACAUGAUCAAAUUCAUUAUUACCUACCAGACGGCUUUCUGGAGGGAGAAGGGCUUCUCUGGGGAAAGCGUGGCAGGAUCCUCCACUGAAUGUCCAUUCUGUGUCACCUUUGACGCCACCAGCCCGAAUGGUAAUGCCGCUCUGGUGGGCUUCAUUUCCGGCCAACAGGCGUCUCAGUGGACUUCUAAAGAGCCUGAAGAAAGAAGAAAAGCUGUGCUCUCCAGUCUGGUCAAAUACUUCGGUCCUGAGGCUGCAUCUUUCAUCCACUAUGAAGAGAAAGACUGGGCUAAGGAGGAGUACAGCGGCGGCUGCCCUGUUAAUGUCAUGGCACCGGGUCUGCUGACGUAUUACCACCCCAGCCUGAGGAGGCCCUGUGGCAGGAUCCACUGGGCGGGCACCGAGACAGCUACCCAAUGGUGUGGAUACUUGAGCGGUGCGGUGCAAGCUGGCCAGCGAGCAGCUCUGGAGGUCCUGGCUGAAGUCUGCCACGUGACGCUGACUGGUGAGGAACAAGAAGUACUGCGGUGCAGUCAGACUGUCAACGGUCCUGCUAAGCAAACUUCAUCAUCCAAACUCCUGUGCCUGUUUACGAGCAAAUCUGUCGUUAUAGCAACACUGACAUUAAGCUCUGUUCUCCUGCUGGCUCGGCGUCACGAUGCAUUGACGAACAUCAAAGCUUACUUGGCAGGUGCCUUUUCCACACGCAAACUUGAUUUUUUAGGACUGUAA